AUGACGUCAAAGGUUGUAGUUGUAGGCGCUGGUGUCAUUGGCUUGACAACAGCCUUACAGCUCAAACGAGCCAAUCCCGAUUACUCGAUCUCCAUUGUUGCUCACCAUUUGCCAGGAGACUUAGAUAUUGAAUACACUUCUCCAUUUGCGGGAGCGAAUUGGCACUCAUUUGCCAGCAAAAAUGACAGAGAACUUCAGGAACUAGAUAAACCUGGCUACUGGAAGUUUUUGGAGCUCUCCAAUGAGCCGAGAUCCGGUGUCUGGAUAACUACCAACAAGUCCUAUGUUACCGAAGUUGAAUUCAACUCUAAAGGAAGGGACCCUGCCAAAUUUGUUCCCUGGUUCAAGAACUUCGUUAAGAAUUUCAAAACUAUUGAAAAUUCUUCAGAACUACCUGAUGGUAUAGCCUUUGGGUAUUCGUUCGAUGGUGUAGUCAUCUCUGUGCCUAUCUACUUGAACUAUUUGCUUCAGGAGAAUCUUGGGGCUGGAAACUCUGUGAGAAGAAUCCUGAAAAUUUCUAAUAUCCAUGAAGCUAGGGACCUUCACUCUUCAGGAGCCAAAGCAGAUAUUGUAGUCAAUGCCACAGGUGGUUUGGCCAAUCGUAUCGUUGGUUUCAAAGACGAUAAACGUAAUUUCCCAGUCCGGGGACAAGUUCUUCUUGUCAGAAAUAAUGCAAAAUGUGAAGUUAGUGUAGAGGGAUUUCCUGAAUUGGACAAUGAAAUGUUGUAUCUCAUGCCUCGAAAGGAAGGUGGCUGUAUUAUUGGAGGUUGUUUCCUUGAGAAUUUCGCCAGUACUGAUGUGGAUGAACAAUUGACUAAGAGAAUUAUCGAUAGGGCCCUCAAGUAUGUGCCAGAGAUUGUAGAUCCUUCUUACAAGAACAAUCCCCCCAAAGUUGAUAUUGUGAGGACUCAGGUAGGUUUACGUCCCUUUAGAGAGGGAGGUGCCAGAAUUGAGCAAGAUAGCGAUAAUGGUUGGCUAUUCCAUAACUACGGAGCUGGAGGAGGAGGAUACCAAGGAAGCUAUGGAAUGAGUUCAAAACUUGUUGAAUUAAUACAGAAACAUGUGGGCAAUAGCAAGUUCUAG